AUGGAAAAUCCUCCUGAUCCUGAAACUGUCGCUGAGCAAGUAAUUCAAAGACUUCAGGAUGGAGAAGACAACGAAUGGGACAAUAUCAGAUUCAACACUGCUAGUGAACUUCGUAUAAAUAACGAUUAUAAAAAAACAAAAAUUAAAAUUCAAGAUAUUCUAAAUUCUACUCCAAUUAAAAGAAAGAUUAUGGCUUCCUCAACAAACGAAUUUGAAAUUGCAGAGCUUGUUGAACUUGGCGGAGGAACCAAGCCAUACAAAGACGCUCUUUUGCAACUCUUAACACAAGAUACGGAAUUUGGUAAAGAGCUGUUUAAUAAAAUUAGUAAAUUGGUUGAUGAUAUAGUUGGAAGAGAAGUAAUCAAGAAAACAACUUUCUCCGAAAUGCCAAGUAUGGAAUCUGCUACAAACCAACUACAAUAG